GCGGCCCCCGAGCGACGGCCGUGGCGGCGGCGGCGGCGCCUCUGCGAGCGGCCCGCGGCGCCCGGCCCCGCGCGGAAGAUAUCAAGUUGUGCUAGUACAUCCAUAUAAAUAAUUAAUACCUGAAGUCUCAAUGUAACAUGGACAUUAACAGUGAUGACAGAUAAAUACAGACGCUUGGGAAUCAAAUACUAGGCGAAAAACACUUUUAAAAAGUGUAUCAGGCUUUUUAAGAAACAUCUGGGUGAUCCUGUCUUUCUUAAUACUGGUAGAACUCAGCUAAAGGAAUUUUGGGAGGUUCUAGUAUUCUCCGUGGCUGAAGCUGAGAGUCUGAAACCCUGAUGCUUAAGCUCUAUUCUAGAUCAUAGCUCCAACUCCUUCAGGAUAUAAGGAAAAGAGAUAAUAUUUCCACAAUGAUAGAUCUUUGGUUGUACAGGUUUCCCAAUGAGUGGAUCAUGAUGACCGUAUUGUAGGGACUUGCCAUAGUAUGGCUGCUUCCCGAUCUACUCGUGUUACAAGAUCAACAGUGGGGUUAAACGGCUUGGAUGAAUCUUUUUGUGGUAGAACUUUAAGGAAUCGUAGCAUUGCUCACCCUGAAGAAAUCUCUUCUCAUUCUCAAGUACGAUCAAGAUCACCAAAGAAGAGACCAGAGCCUGUGCAGAUUCAGAAAGGAAAUAAUAAUGGAAGAACUACUGAUUUAAAACAGCAAAAUACUCGAGAAUCAUGGGUAAGCCCUAGGAAAAGAGGACUUUCUUCUUCAGAAAAAGAUAACGUAGAAAGGCAGGCUGUAGAAAAUUGUGAGAGAAGGCAAACAGAACCUGUUUCACCAGUUUUAAAAAGAAUUAAGCGUUGCCUUAGAUCUGAAGCACCAAACAGUUCAGAAGAAGAUUCACCUAUAAAAUCAGACAAGGAGUCAGUAGAACAGAGGAAUACAGUAGUGGACAAUGAUGCAGAUUUUCAAGGGACUAAACGAGCUUGUCGAUGUCUUAUACUGGAUGAUUGUGAGAAAAGGGAAAUUAAAAAGGUGAAUGUCAGUGAGGAAGGGCCACUUAAUUCUGCAGUAGUUGAAGAAAUCACAGGCUAUUUGGCUGUCAAUGGUGUUGAUGACAGUGAUUCAGCUGUUAUAAACUGUGAUGACUGUCAGCCUGAUGGGAACACUAAACAAAAUAGCACUGGUUCAUAUGUGUUGCAGGAAAAGUCAGUAGCUGAAAAUGGGGAUUCGGAUACCCACACUUCAAUGUUCCUUGAUAGUAGGAAGGAGGACAGUUAUAUAGACCAUAACGUGCCUUGCACCAAUUCAGAAGUGCAGGUCAAGUUGGAGGACCACAAAGCAGUAACUGCCUGCCUGCCUGUGGAACAUGUUAAUCAGCUGACUACUGAGCCAGCUACAGGCCCCUUUUCUGAAAUUCAGUCAUCCUUAAGGGAUUCUGAGGAGGAAGUAGAUGUGGUGGGAGAUAGCAGUGCCUCAAAAGAGCAGUGUAAUGAAAACACCAAUAACGCCCUGGACACAAGUCUUGAGAGUAUGCCAGUCUCUGGAGAACCAGAAUCAUCAUCUGUUCUAGACUGUGUUUCAGCUCAAAUGAUGUCUUUAUCAGAACCUCAAGAACAUCGAUAUACUCUGAGAACGUCACCACGAAGGGCGGCCCCCACCAGAGGUAGUCCCACUAAAAGCAGUUCUCCUUGCAGAGAAAAUGGACAAUUUGAGGAGAAUAAUCUUAGUCCCAAUGAAACAAAUGCAACUGUUAGUGAUAACAUAAGUGAAUCUCCCACAAAUCCUGAUGAGAUUUCUCAGAAUGAAAAAGGAAUAUUUUGUGACUCUGAAAAUUAUGGGAGUGAAGGACUAAGUAAGCCACCCUCAGAGGCAAGACUUAAUAUUGGACAUUUGCCAUCUGCCAAAGAGAGUGCCAAUCCGCACAAUACAGAAGAAGAAGAUGAUGAUCCUGAUGUUUAUUACUUUGAAUCAGAUCAUGUGGCACUGAAACACAACAAAGAUUAUCAGAGACUGUUACAGACGAUUGCUGUACUCGAGGCUCAACGUUCUCAAGCAGUCCAGGACCUUGAAAGUUUAGGCAAACACCAGAAAGAAGCACUAAAAAAUCCCAUUGGAUUUGUGGAGAAACUCCAGAAGAAGGCUGAUAUAGGACUUCCGUAUCCACAGAGAGUUGUUCAGUUGCCGGAGAUUGUAUGGGACCAAUAUACCAAUAGCCUUGGGAACUUUGAAAGAGAAUUUAAAAAUCGUAAAAGACAUACUAGGAGAGUUAAGUUAGUUUUCGAUAAAGUAGGUUUACCUGCUAGACCAAAAAGUCCUUUAGAUCCUAAGAAGGAUGGAGAGUCCCUUUCAUAUUCUAUGUUGCCUUUGAGUGAUGGUCCUGAAGGCUCAAACAGUCGUCCUCAGAUGAUAAGAGGACGCCUUUGUGAUGAUACCAAACCUGAAACAUUCAAUCAGCUGUGGACUGUGGAAGAACAGAAAAAGCUUGAACAGCUACUCCUGAAAUACCCUCCUGAAGAAGUAGAAUCUCGACGCUGGCAGAAGAUAGCAGAUGAAUUGGGCAAUAGGACAGCAAAACAGGUUGCCAGCCGAGUGCAGAAAUAUUUCAUAAAACUAACUAAAGCUGGCAUUCCAGUCCCAGGAAGAACACCAAACUUAUAUAUAUACUCCAAAAAGUCUUCAACAAGCAGACGACAGCACCCCCUUAAUAAGCAUCUCUUUAAACCUUCCACUUUCAUGACUUCCCAUGAACCACCAGUAUAUAUGGAUGAAGAUGAUGACCGAUCCUGUUUUCAUAGCCACAUGAACACUGCUAUUGAAGAGGCAUCAGACGAAGAAAGUAUUCCUAUCAUGUAUAGGAAUUUACCUGAAUAUAAGGAACUAUUACAGUUUAAAAAGUUAAAGAAGCAGAAACUCCAGCAGAUGCAAGCUGAAAGUGGAUUUGUACAACAUGUGGGCUUCAAGUGUGAUAACUGUGGCAUAGAACCUAUCCAGGGCGUUCGGUGGCACUGCCAGGAUUGUCCUCCAGAAAUGUCUUUGGAUUUCUGUGAUUCUUGUUCAGACUGCCUACAUGAAACAGAUAUUCACAAGGAAGAUCACCAAUUAGAACCUGUUUAUAGGUCAGAGACAUUCUUAGACAGAGACUACUGUGUGUCCCAGGGCACCAGUUAUAAUUACCUUGACCCAAACUACUUUCCAGCAAACAGAUGACAUGGAAGAGAACAUCAUAUACUAGUCCUCUUCAACACAUAGCAAUGGUAUCAUUGUGAAUUAUGUGCACAGUUUGGAAAGAUUCUCUGCUUUCCCUGAAUGACACUCACAGCAUGACAGCUUCCUGAGUGUUCUCGUCAAGUCCAGCUCUGCACCGUUGUGACUCUAGAUCACUGUUCAGCAGCUGAACAUUCCUGGUGAGCAAAGGGUUUCCCUGGUGAAUUUCUCAUCACCACCCUAAAGCCUUUCAGGUGGUGAUCUUAAAUGGGUGAGAUGGAAACGAGAGCACACAUUAAAGAGAGAGUAAAUUCCAAAGGUUUCAAAGAACUCGGUCAUAAAUAGGAUAAUGAGAAGACAAAGUAUUUAUAUUAAAACAGUUUAGUAGCUUUCAGUUUUGUGAAAAUAGUUUUCGGCACAGAAGCUGACUUCUUAGACAAAGUUUUAACCAAUGAUGGUAUUUGCUUCUAGGAUAUACACUUUAAAAGAACUCACUGUCCCAGUGGUGGCCGCUGAUGGCCUUUAGUAAAUCGGAGCUGCUUAACCAUAUUGAUGUCUAAUUUCUUUUAACCACAAUGAACUGUCCUUAUUACCAACAGCGAAGCACUACAGGAGGCAACUGUGGCAUUGCUUCCUUAACCAGCUCAUGGUGUGUGAAUGUUAUAAAAUUGUCACUCAGAUAUAUUUUUUAAAUGUAAUGUUAUAUAAGAUGAUCAUGUGAUGUGUACAAACUAUGGUGAAAAGUGCCAGUGGUAGUAACUGUGUAAAGUCUCUAAUUCACAACAUUAAUUCCUUUAAAAUACACAGCCUUCUGCCUCUGUAUUUGGAGUUGUCAGUGCAACUCAUCAAAGAAAACUGCCUAAUAUAAAAAUCAUAUAUAUGGUAAUAAUUUCCCUCUUUUGUAGUCUGCACAAGAUCCAUAAAAGAUUGUAUUUUUAUUACUAUUUAAACAAGUGAUUAAAUUUAGUCUGCGCAGUGAGCGAGAGUUCACAUGCAUUCUUUUAUACUGCUGGAUUUUGUUGUGCAUCAUUUAAAACAUUUUGUAUGUUUCUUCUUAUCUGUGUAUACAGUAUGUUCUUGAAUAAUGUUCAUUUGUCAGGAGAACUGUGAGAAAUAAACUAUGUGGAUACUGUCUGUUUAUAUUAUAGAAUGCUUGUUGUGACUUCCUUUUGGUUAGAUUUUGGAUUUUUUUUACUAGUGUUAAAACCAAAAAAAAAAAAUUUUUUUUUUAAGGGGUUGCUUUACCUUUCUGUCCUUUAAAAAGAGUAAGGACUAUAGUAUUAUGGAAAUGGGUUGAACGUGAGAAGCUCUCUGAAAAGAUGGUUAUAUUUUUACUCAGUGUGUGCUGAGACACUAAAUUAAGUUAGGUUACAAGAAGAACACACACCAUGGUUAAAGAGGCCACUGUUAAUGUCCGGAUGGGAAAACUAAGGUUGAAAAAUUUUACUCUUAUUCUUUUUUUUUUUCCUCUUAUUCUUUUUUGAUGAAAGUAAGCCCCCCUCCACGUGUUAAUUAAGCAGAUGGUUUUUGAAGAUCACUGUAUUCACUGGCAAUCAUUAACUGUUGAAAGAGAUGAUAUAAAUAUUCUAAGAUUAAGUAUUAAUACUCAGCUAAUUUUUAGAGUUUUUUUCCAAUUUUAAAUCAAGGGAACAUUAUUUACUAGUUCUUCAGUAUGUUGUGAGGUACUAAAAUCAUACCUUGAAUUUUUUUAAUUGAAAAAAGUAAUAUAAUUUUAAAUAUAGAAAUAUGAAGAUUUUAAAGUAAUAUAUUGAUUAAAGAUUACUGACGAUGUUGAUAAAAUAUAUUACAUCAGGAAUAACAGGAAAUGGACUUGAGCUUAACCUCUCACCCUGGAAUUAAUUAGUUGGGAGAAGAGGGAAUCAUUAACAUUUGGGCAUUUUGAUAUUAAAUGUUAAGUGACUAUGCCAGGAAAUCUACCUUCAACUUGUAGCAAGACAGCUACUAUGAGCAAGACAGAGAUAAUACUAUGAUUAGUUUUGGAGAACCGUUCAGGUCCAUUAAAAAAAUCCCAUAAAGUAUAAGCUUUGGAAGCUUGGAAGCUUUGGAAGAGGACUGUGUGUGAUACAAUUCUGAUGUAAACAAUACACUAAAUAAAUCCACUUAAAUAUAUUUUUCAAGGGCAGAGAUUUUGAGAAACUUAAGUGGCAAAGAGGAUUAUUUUCUGCUUGAGUAAAGAUGUGUUUAUUUUGCAUUUUUCAGCUCCAAGCAUAUAGUCUUGGCUUUAAAAGGCUCUAGAGUUAGUAGUAGUAGUAGUAAUAGUAGUAGUAGUAGUAGAAGUAGUAGUAGUAAUAGUAGUAGUAGUAGUAACGUGUUGUCGUUCUAAUUUGCAGACUGCAGGAAGGGGCAAGGCGGUCUUUUGCAAGUAGUCCUUGCAUCUCCUACAAAGAAGUAUUGGCUUUAAGAGACAACACAGACAGACUUGUUAAAGCAUUGUGUAUUAAGUGGUAUUCAGUAGGUCAACUGUAUUUCCUGAGAUGCGUUCAAGUUAUUUGCUAAGAACUGAAGGAACUUUGAAUGACACCUAAAACCACUGCUCUAAGGUUUAGGCAGAGGAAGUUUUGAUUGGUGUCAUGUGCACUAAUAAUAAUAGCAAAUAUUAAUUAAGUGCUUACUAUGUGCCAAGCAAGCAUAUAGUAGCAGAUUUAAUUCUCCCAGCCUUAGGAGAAAGGUGCGUUGAUUAUCCUGUUUUCAUAUGAGGAGAUCUAGCCAGACAGGUUAAAUAACUUGCUUAAUAAGGUCAUAGAGUUAGUAAAGUUUAACCUAGACAGAUUGCUCCAGAGUCACUACUCACUUUCUGGAGCAAGAAUAUUCCCCUUUGUGUCAGGCGUCACUAAGGUGGUGGAGGCGGAAGUGUGCAGGGUUGCUUUUCAGUCUUGUUUUUCUGGUGUGGUGUGGUUCCUGGAGUUACAAACCUUCGUACAGGCCCAGGUUCACAGCACAGAAUAUAGAGGCAGAUCUGCAGAUGGGGAAAUAGUCUGCCUCGGGAGUUACAAAACCACAAGUGCAUAGAAUUUACAUAUUCUAAUUUGAUUUGACUUGUAAUCCUGAGGCUUUAGGCAAAGCCUCCUGCCUGAGACAGAGUUUCCUUGCUUGCUUGGUGCCUCUCACUUAACAGUAUGCCUUAUCCAGUCUUCUCCCUUUUUCCCUUUUGUUUAAAUUACAUUACAGAACACAAUUAUAUACUGAGAUAUGAAGAACUUUUUUUUUUUAAAGAAAAUAGUAUUUCACAGGUAGUAAGGAUAAAUACUCUUUUGUGAAAUUCCCUUUUUAGUUGUAACUGUGGCAUGCUAUAUAAACUAUUAAUGUGAAUAACAGUUUGAAAGCUGUUGUUCUAGGUGUAGUGGAUAGAAUUGGAAGUCUCCAAAUAACAAGUAGGUUUUUUUUUUUUCUCACGAAGAUUAUGGAAGUAUUGUCUUUUUUAGGCCAUGAAAUGUUUUUAUUUCCUAACCUUAUGAAAAUACACUUCUGUUGAUAUGAUCCCUCCCCCAAAAUAUGACUUUUUUUUUUUAACUUUUCAUGUAGCCGAUUAAAUGGAUUUUUGAGAGUAGUAUCACAUUUAGCUCCAUGAGGACAGAGACCAUCCAUGUCGAUCUGUAUCCCUAUGGCCUGCCUGGCUCUUAGUAGAUUUUCAGUAGAUAUUUAUUGGUAGUAUGAUCAAUGUUUUGAUGAGUUAUAUUUUUUUCUCCAGGAAAGUAGGAGAGACCACUUAAUGUCUGAAUGUGUCUGUAAGUGCCUAUGGGGGCCCUUAGAGGCCUGCCUCAGAUCUUUCCAGGGCCCUGAGAGGACUGAAGAAUUCAUCCUAUUUUAUCUGGGAGAUGUAGUUCAACCCUGGGUGGCUGAGAAGAUUAGGCUUCUCUCUGGGUCCCCAGCUAGGCCAUGUAUCUUGGUUCUCUGCCAUGUUUUUAGAGUGAAAGGGCACUAGAGUAGAAAUUCUGGGUCCCAGUCCCAAUUGUCAGUGAGGCACUCAAUAUAUAAAUGUUGACUAAAAACCACGUUUUAUUGAACUUUAGGAACUAGUUAAUGAUUCAGAUGUAUUAUUAACUGAUUUAAUCCUCACCACCCCUCUGUGAGGGUGCUUAUUAUGGUGAUCUCUACCGUACAGGUGAAGUAACUAAGGUUCAGAGUAUUUAAACGUUAGCUCUCAAUAAUAAUGCCAUGUGUGGAACUGAGGAUAUAACGCUUUGGCCUUAUUAGAGCUUAUCGUCUAAUGUAGAAGAAUAGCCGUGAACAAGUACAUAUAAAAUAUGUUGUAAAGUUAGGCAGAGAUAAAUGCCAUGAAGAAAAAAUAACCCCUGAAGAAAAAUGAUAGAAGAGCGGGGACCCAUCUGUCAUUUCAGAUGGAAUAAUAAAAGAAUGUCUUGAUGACAAGUGUAAAUUUGAACAGAGACCUGGACAGAGUGAAGGAAUUAGCUUGUGAAUAACCUGGAGGAAGAGGCAAAAGGAGAGCAAGUGAAGAGUGUGGCUUGUUUAGGCAGCAGUAAGAGGCCAGUGUAGCUUGAGCCAAAGGAGCAAGAGGAGAGUGUAGUUGAUGGGGUGAUACUAGGGUGCGGGGCCAGAGCAGGUGAAUGUGGACCAUUGUGAAGGAGUUUAGAUCCUGUUCUGAUGUCUUAUUUACAUUCACACAAGGGCUUUUGUUAGGCAGAUCCCUCUAAGAUCCUUUCCUGCUUUUAAAAUCUUGUGACUUUUAAGGUAGCUAUGUCAUUUCACGCUACCCACAUCAGUAACGAGUUUUAGCAGUCUGUUGCUUCUCUGGAUACUCUUUAGGGGCAAAGCCAUCUACUCCCAGCUGUUUUUUCUUUUUUUUUUUCCUUCCCCUGUGGGCUGCCCUACUAUCUCAUUUCCCUUACUCAAGCUGUUAGAGCUGUGGUAGGCCUGGACUGUGUUUGCCAAUAUGUGGUAUGUGUUUAAAGAAUGUUAAUCCCUACAAAGAGUCAUUUUGUGUUUUUGGCAUAACUGGUAAUUUUCAUCUUCUAAGUCUCUUUAAUUUGCUGAAAUGCUCCUUGUCCCUCCCCCGCCCCACAUAGAGAGUGUGACAACUGGGGUGGUAAUGAAGUAUUUUGACAACUGUGUGAGUUGUAGGAACAUGCCCCUUUUUGGUACUAGAGGCGUAAUUGUAACCAAAGAAGUUUAAUUUCUUCUUUAGCAAACACUGACAUUUCUGUUUAAGAAUGACUGCUAGAGCAAAAGGAAAUACAAAAAUUACCAUGUAUCAUGAGUACACUGAGAAUUCUCUCUGUAAUAGCUCAAAACUGAUCUCUGGCCAAGAUUAAAACCAUAUGAGCAUAUCCUAAAUCUCAACUAUUACUGUGUUUGCUUCUAAUUCUGUUUGGAAUAAGGCUUCAAGUGCUUUCCAGAAUGAUGUGAGUUACAAAUAAAUAGAAAAAGAGUUA